GGCCCGGGCAGCGGCGGAGCUGCGGAAGCAGCGGCAGUUUAGGAUGGCGGGGCACGGUCCGGUGCCCUCGUCCUGCGACUGCUUCGUGGCCAUGCCCCCGCACACGGCGGCCCCCGCCGUCAUCUUCGCCAAGAACGCCGAUCGGCCCCGGGACGAGGUGCAGGAGAUCGUCUAUGUCCCCGCCGCCACCCACCGGCCUGGGGACAAAGUCCAGUGCACGUACCUGCAGAUCGAGCAGGCAGAGCGCACCCACGCCGUGCUGCUGAGCCGCCCCGCCUGGCUCUGGGGGGCCGAGAUGGGCGCCAACGACUGCGGGGUCUGCGUGGGCAACGAGGGCGUGUGGACCCGCGAGCCCCUGGGCGAGGCCGAGGCGCUGCUGGGCAUGGACCUGGUGAGGCUGGGUCUGGAGCGGGGCAGCUCGGCCCGGGAGGCCCUGGAGGUGAUCACGGCCCUGCUGGAGCGCCACGGGCAGGGCGGGAGCUGCAAGGAGGAGCCGGUGCCCUUCGUGUACCACAACACCUUCCUGCUGGCCGACCGCACCGAGGCCUGGCUGCUGGAGACCGCCGGGCGCUACUGGGCAGCGCAGCGGAUCCGGGAGGGCAGCCUCAACAUCUCCAACCAGCUGAGCAUCGGCAGCGAGAUCACGGCGGAGCACGCGGGGCUGCGGGAGCGGGCGCGGAGCCAGGGCUGGUGGAGCGGGCACGGCGAGUUCAGCUUCGCACGGGCGUUCUCCCUGGAGAAGGAGCCGCCGCGCAUGGAGGCUGCCAAGGCACGGCUGAGCGCUGGGAGGGAGCUGCUGCAGCGGCACGCAGGUCACAUCACGGAGGAGACGCUGAUGUCCAUCCUGCGGGACAAGGCCAGCGGGAUCUGCGUGGACAGCGAGGGGUUCCACACGGCCGGCAGCAUGGUGUCCGUGCUGCCCCGCGACCCCGCCGUGCCCUGCGUGCAUUUCCUCACCGGCACCCCGGACCCGUCCCGCUCUGUGUUCAAGCCCUUCGUGUUCGUGGCCGGCGUCAAGGCGGCGCCGCAGGUGAGGUCCCCGAGCUUCCCGCAGGAUCCCGCCCGGCAGAUCCCGCGCUUCCGGAGCUCCGUGGAUCGGCGGCACGAGCUGUACCGGCGGCACCAGGCGGCGCUGGAGCUCAUGGAGCGGGAGCCGGAGCGGGGCCAGCGGCUCCUGGGCACGCUGCAGGAGCUGGAGCAGCAGGGCCUGCAGGGCAUGCGGGAUUUGCUGCAGGGCAGGGCGAGCCCCAGCCCCCAGGAGCUGGCCGACCUCUUCUUCGACUGCGUGGAGGCCGAGAUGAAGUUUUACACCUAAAGCUGCACAGAGCCUCGCCCGGGGGCUGGCUGGGCCCGCCGGGUGCCGGCGGAGGUGCCGCCGGUGCCCCUGGGCGCCGCUGUGGACACGGCCGGGCCGGGCCGCGCUGCCCCG